AUGCCUCAACCACCGCCGCUUCAAUUUCCUGCAGAAUACUCUUCGCAGCGUCUUCAACAACGUCCGAGCGACGUCCCGAUCCCGACUACGACUGCGCGCGCCCCGCCCCGCCGAAUGCCUUCGAGCGGUGGUAACAACCUUCGACGUGCAAAGACGCUUGUGCGUCCUGAACGAGGCGUUGCUCCUGCUCCUCUUAUCAAUCCUCCCGCGCCCCUCAUCGCCUCGACCGGCGCAGGAGCUGGCGGCAUCUUACCCUCAAACACUCCCUCCAAGAGCCCCGCCGACUCGUGGGACGCAUGGAGAAUAUUCUCACAUAUCGUCACCUUUUGGGCUCCUCCUUUCCUUCUUUCCACCAUUGGUGGCAUGAAGGAUAAGCCCACACGGCAGGCAUGGAGAGAAAAGAUUGCCCUCUGCCUCAUCGCCCUCUUCAUCGGAGCGGUUGUCGGCUUUGCUACCAUGGGCCUCGACAAGGUCCUGUGUCCCAAGCAGACUGGCUUUAGCGGCAGCCAGUUUGACAGAGUAAACACCUCUAUCACCCAAGGAACCGUCAGCGUACACGGUAUCCUCUUCAACAUUUCCAAUUCAGAUACCAGUCCCGUCAAUUUUUUCACCCUCGCAAGGAACAACUCUGGCGUUGACAUUACAUACCUGUUUCGGCGCAAGGCGGCUGACUAUAAGAAAUGCGACAAAAUGACCUUCAAGGCGGCAAAGGACGACCCAUGCCCUGGCUCGACCUGCCCCCUCGGAGCGCUUGGAAACGCCACAUUUAAUACCGUCAGAAUCGUUUCUACCGGUCGACCUGUGGGAUACGAUUGGGACCAGGUUGCCAAACUCCCCAACUUUCUCGUCUUGGACGGCUUUGUCCUCAACUUUUCCCCAUACAUUGCCGCCAAUCCAAGGCCCGUGGCAAAUGACCCAGUUGACAGGGCCCUCCGUCACGUGCUCUCUGGGAAUGCAGCAGGUGGCAAGGAUGCGACGUUGCACUUUUCCAACAAUCAAGUGACGCUCAAUGCUAUUCCCUGCCUGAACGAGCGAUACUUUGCAGGAACGAUUGACAAGGCGAGCUCGGGCUGCUUCGUCGCCUCUCUCUUCCUUUACGUCGCGCUCCUGGUCGUACUCAGCAUCGUUAUCGCCCGCUUUGCCAUGGCUUGCAUCUUUAGUUGGUUCCUUUCUCGCGACCUCGUCAGGCCGCCAAAGAACCUUGGCCGCAAGGUUAUUUCGCCAGCCGUCAUGCCCGAAGGCGCCAAUGUCACUGUUGACAACAAGAACGGUACCGCUCCGUGGGCAAAGAAGGGUAAAAUGGGCAAAGCCCCUCCAGGACUAAAGGGCCAACGACAGAGUAGGGUUGGUCAGGCGGCAGUCUCGAACACACCUGUCAUCUCGAUGGCUACCAUUGGCAGUGAGCUCUUUUGCGUGUGUCUCGUUACAUGCUAUUCCGAGGGCAAGGAAUCGAUCAAGGGAACGCUCGACUCGAUUGCAUUGACCGAUUACUCCGAUUCGAGGAAACUUCUCUUCAUCGUCUGCGACGGUAUGAUUACCGGUGCCGGUGAGAAGCAGAGCACACCAGACAUCUGCGUUGGCCUCCUGGAUGCGGACCCGCGAUUCGGAAACCCGUCUCCCAUGGGAUAUGUCGCCGUCGGACUUGGCUCCAAGAAGGAGAAUAGAGCGUUUGUGUAUGCCGGACACUAUGUCGUCAAGGGCCAUCGAACACCGUGCGUCGUCGUUGUCAAAUGUGGAACGGAGCAAGAAGCUGCCAACGAUAAGAAGAAGCCAGGAAAUCGAGGCAAGCGCGACAGUCAGCUCAUCUUGAUGAACUUCUUCUCGCGCGUGACCUACAACGAUCGCAUGACCCCAUUGGACUAUGACCUAUUCCGCAAGAUUCAAGUACUCAUGGGCGUCACACCGGAUUUCUUCGAAGUCACAUUGAUGGUCGAUGCCGAUACGCGCGUCCAACCAGAUUCGCUUACCCAAUUGGUCAACUGUAUGCAUCAUGAUAACUAUAUCAUGGGAGUCUGUGGCGAGACUCGAAUAGCCAACAAGACAGACUCGUGGGUCACGACUAUCCAGGUCUACGAAUACUUCAUCUCGCAUCACUUGGCAAAGGCAUUCGAAUCGGUAUUUGGUGGUGUGACCUGCUUGCCAGGUUGUUUCUCCAUGUACCGACUCAAGGCCCGCAAGAUCAACGACGACGACUGGGUUCCGCUCCUCUGCAAGCCUGAGAUUGUCCGCGAGUACAGUCAAAGCGAGGUGACGACGCUGCAUCAGAAGAACCUAUUGCUCCUCGGAGAGGAUCGUUUCCUUACCACGAUUCUACUCCGUACCUUCCCCAACCGUAAGAUGAUGUUCUGUCCUCAAGCCAAGUGCAAGACUAUUGUACCCGACUCGUUCUCUGUACUCCUUUCUCAACGUCGUCGAUGGAUCAAUUCGACCAUUCACAACCUAAUGGAACUCGUGCGCGUGCAAAAUCUUUGCGGCACGUUCUGCUUCAGUAUGCAGUUUGUCGUCUUCAUGGACCUCGUCGGAACAGUAGCCUUGCCGGUCGCACUCAUCAUUAUGUAUUGGCUCGUUGUCCAACUUGCCCUCAAGCCCCCAAAGACGUUUGAGCAACUCAUCCCUCUCAUGAUGUUGUGCUCCGUAGUCGGCUUGCCGGCAUUGCUCAUCCUCAUCACCACGCGCAAAGUCGUCUACGUCUUUUGGAUGUUUAUCUAUCUGGCUGCCUUGCCCGUUUGGAACUUUAUUCUUCCGGUAUAUGCAUUUUGGCACUUUGACGACUUUUCAUGGGGUGAGACCAGAAAGGUGGAGGGUGAAGGAAAGCAAACAGGCCACGACGACGCAGGCACUCUUGCCGAAGGUACUCAAGUUCCUCUGCGACGCUGGGAAGACUGGGAGCGUUCGAGAAUCCGCAAGCUCAAGCGCGAAGCCCAGCGAAAGCGAGAAUUGGACAGAUCAUUCCCUGGCCCCUUCCGUGGAGGUGUUCGAGGACCCGAACAGUAUUCGAUGGCCUUCUCCGAGUUCAACGACGAUACAACUUCACUCGCUCCUUCGGAGGACGACCGAUGGGGAGCUCAAGUCGGAGGGUACAAUGAAAACUCGUCACAGUGGGCGCCACCCCCUGCGACGCUCAUGCCCGAAGACGAGCUGCUUCACAAUGCGGAGACUGUGGGCGGUGACGAGCUCGAGGCCAUGCUGGAGCGCGGAUGGGAGGAUCGACCACAGAAUCGCGACAGUUCGACCACCAUGAGCUCUGGUGGCGGUCAAUUUUCUGAUCGUAACCAGUCGCGAUUUCAAUUAUCAGACCAAGGGGUUGUGAUGCCUCCACCUGGGGGUCGAUUUGACGCUUACGCCCCCGUUUCCACACGAACACCGUCGCCGGGGCCGGGGUUGAUACAGUCUCCGCUGAGUCCUACUGGAGGUGCGACUUCGGCGCUAGAUUCCAAGACGCACAUCAAGAGACGGAGCAGCGGUGGGCGACUACGACACGAUAGCGAAGAGCUCCUCCGUCACACGCCUGGCACGAGUCCCUCAAGCCCGUCGACGGGCGAGUGGGGUCCGCUUGGGCCCCUUGACCCACACCACCCACAACAACAAAACAACAGCUCACGAUCGAAUAUGUCUGCAGGGAAACGGUUCUGA